AUGAAGUCCUUCUCAGCCCUCACCCUUUUCCUCUCCACCUCGAUCCUCACCUCUCUGGCCUCUGCUACCCCCAUUGCAGCACCAGGAAACGGCGACGGGCAGCCCGCCCCUGUCUGCGGUACCUGCAAUCCUAUCUCUGGACAGAACUCCUGCGAUCCCACGACCUCAUGCAUCAACACUGGCACAAAUUUCCAUUGUGCGUGUCGUGCAGGAUACAAAGCUUCCAACGACAACGACAACUUCAACCAGCAAUUCAGACUGCAAAUGCCCAAUUAUGAAUUCCUGGUUUUCACGCCCCAAAAUGUUGUAUGCGAUACGCUGUGCGAUAACCCAUAUGGUGGUGUUGGGACUUUGUGCACCGAGGUGCCGCUUUAUACUGGAGACGGCUGUACCGCUUAG